AGAUGUCACGGCAUUUUCCAGUCAAGUCAAUCCAGUCAGGCAGUACAGCUUUCUUAUAGUUUAAUUAUAUAUAACAAAACCCAAGUGAAUAAUGGCAGGCAUAUUUGAUCUAGAGCUGCACGACGAUGAUAUAAUUCGUGAUGUAGAAGAUGAUUUAAACGAGGCUCAUGGUUUCGAACAAGAGCCAGCAAUUCCCUUUGACGCUAAUCUUGAAGCAGAAGGUUCCGAAACAAUACCGCUAUCAGCAGAAAUUGUUAACCCAGACAAAAUGAAGUUGGGUCCUCAGGAUUUCGAGCUAAGAAAAGUACUAGGAAAGGGUGGGUACGGCAAAGUGUUCCAAGUCCGGAAAACAACAGGCGCGGAUGCAAAUUCCGUCUUCGCCAUGAAGGUGCUAAAGAAAGCGUCCAUUGUUAGAAGCCAAAAGGACACUGAUCAUACACGAGCAGAGCGCAACGUCUUGGAAGCGGUACGCCACCCGUUUAUUGUCGAACUUGUCUACGCGUUUCAAACGGAUGGGAAGUUGUAUUUGAUUCUGGAAUACCUGAGUGGUGGUGAGCUGUUCGUGCAUUUGGAACGCGAAGGAAUAUUUCUAGAGGAUGCGACAUGCUUUUACAUGAGUGAAAUUAUUCUGGUGUUGGAACAUUUACACAAGCUUGGUAUAGUCUAUCGAGAUUUGAAGCCCGAGAAUGUGCUGCUGGAUGCCCAAGGUCAUGUCAAAUUGACGGAUUUUGGACUCUGUAAGGAGCACAUUCAAGAGGGUAGCGUUACUCACACUUGCUGUGGCACAAUUGAGUAUAUGGCUCCUGAAAUUUUGACUAGAAGCGGUCAUGGAAAAGAUGUUGACUGGUGGUCGUUAGGCGCCAUGAUGUUUGACAUGUUAACAGGUUCACCUCCUUUCACGGCAGACACCCGCAAACGUACGAUAGAUGCUAUUCUAAAAGGUAGGUUGAAUAUUCCAGCAUUUCUGAGCAAUGAAUCAAGAGAUCUCAUUCGACGCCUUUUGAAGCGACAGAUAUCGAUGCGUCUCGGCUCUGGAUCCAUGGACGGAAUAGCUGUGCGAAAGCACCCCUUCUUCAAAAAUGUUGAUUGGGACGAUGUCCUCGCCAGAAGGGUGGAUCCACCGAUUAAGCCGUUUUUGCAAGGCGAAGAUGACGUUUCGCAGUUCGACAGCAAAUUCACCAAACAGGCACCCGUUGAUUCACCGGACGACUCGAAGCUGAGCGAAAGUGCCAACCUCAUCUUCAAGGGCUUCACAUAUAUUGCACCGUCAGUUCUUGAGGACAUGCAACAUCCCCACGGCAGCCAUCAUCAUCAUCAUCACUACCACCCCUACGGCGAUCACAGCAAUCAUCGGCGCCACCAUCAUCACCAGAGCGGGAAUCAUCAUCGGUUGGGAGCUGCGAUGGAGACCGGUUCCAUUACUUUGGCUGAUGAGCAAGUGCUCAGUAUGCCCCGAUCACAUACGGUUUUUGCCUCAGGGCGGAGCGAUGUCACUGCCGGAUUCAUGGCGUAUAAACAGUUUUAGGUUUCAGAUCAGGUUGAUCAGAUAUUUUUGUAGAAUCAUUUCAUUCACAUUUUCAGUUCCAUUCAACCUAUAAUGAUGCCACCAUAAUUCAUACGAUAACUAGGCGUCAAAAAUAUCAAAACUAUCAACUAUCAAAAACAACUAUCACAACCAUUGUUCCUAAAGACAAAGUAUAUUCAUUUAUCUGUACUGUUAUUAUGUAAAUUUCCUAACUAUGAAUAUGGUUUGUCUAGAGUCAACUUUUAAAGUUAUGCGAUCUAAUUUUAAUGACUUGAAUGUAUUUUUACUAUAAACAAAAUAGGUAAUCUAUGAAAUAAAUAUGAACAAUAAAAUCAAAUAA